AUGGCUGACCAGCUCCCCUUUGAUGAUCUUUUUGCAGAACAAUUUGUAGACGCGAACAACUAUUAUCGUCGCAAAGUAAGUAGUGUUCUCAAACUGGACGUGUUUAGCAUGGAGUCCCCGAUCUCACCCUAAACCUUGACCUUUGUUUACAAGCUAAGAAGUGGGCGGAUUUUCUAGCCAACGAAAGGCAUCUUAUUUACCGGGAGAAGCCAGGUAGGCUCUUCCAUACCACCUAACCUUACACUUAAGGAUCAGACAUUGGCGAAAAUAUUACAUUCUUCCCACGAUCUCUAAGUCCAAGGGAUAUCUGCGACUACUGGUACAAGGAAGGUAAUGCGUAUGAAUAUGAGACUCCUGGGUGGCAGAGUGGUACAAAUUAUUUUACUCAGAUAGUUUGGAAAGACACAAAAGAAGUAAGGACCUCUUAAGCAACAACACUAGAUACUUAAUUACACGUUUUAUUAAAUAUAGAUAGGAAUCGGAACAUCGACAUUACCCCCAGUGUUUCACAAAAACUCCAAGACGGGUGAAGUUCUGGCAGACUCACUAAAUGAUUAUCAAGUAGUGGUCGCUUUCUUCCGUCCCUCUGGCAACAACAAUCAUGCAGGUGAAUUUGCUUUAAACGUGGUUCCUCCCCUCCAGAAUGAGCUUAAAAACAAUCAAAUAAAUAAUGUGAUACAAUAA